AUGGAGAAGAAGAGUCAGAAACGGUUUGUGCUUAUCCAUGGGCUCUGCCAUGGCGCAUGGACUUGGUACAAGGUGAAACCCCACCUCGAGGCUGCUGGUCACAGCGUUACCACAGUAAGGCUGCAGGUCACAGCGUCACCACAGUGGAUCUGGUUACUGUAUCAACUCUCUUUGGUUGAAGUAAGGUUCUAA